AGGGACGACUUCACAGUGCUGGCAGGCGGCGUGUAGCCGGUAUGGACUUUAAAGAAGCACAUCAAGUCCCUCAACAUCUAGCUCGAAGUUGAGCGAGACAAAUCAACGCCGCUCUCUCGAACAAAAUAGAUUGCAACAGCAGUCUCGGACCUUGGCAGAACAUCAUGGACGGUCCAAAUAAUGGCAUCGUAUUGUACCAUUACUCUUUCUCUCCAUAUGCCAGGCGUGUUCUGUGGUAUCUUAGUCUUCGAGGGAUAGACUACGCAGAAUGUAAACAAGCUCCGGUCCUACCUCGACCCGACCUUAAUGCACUGGGAAUAAACUACAGAAGGAUUCCUGUGUUGGCUGUUGGCCGCGACAUCUACUGCGAUAGUCGGCUUAUUCUUCGCAAGCUGGAAGAGCUCUUCCCCGAUGGCACUCUUGGUGCCUCGUCAGGCGAACAAAAAGCCAUUGAGAGGUUCCUCGACGUUUGGGCCACUGAGUCUGGUUUAUUCGCGCGAGCAUCCCAGCUAAUCCCAACCGACAUGCCGUUGCUUAAUGACCCGAAGUUCACCAAAGACCGAGAAGACCUCACCGGUCGGUCAUGGAGUAAAGAGCAAAUUGCCGCCAACAGGCCCGAAGCACUCGCUUACAUCAGGAAUGCCUUCAAGUUUCUAGAGACGACUCUGCUAGCAGAUGGACGGACAUGGGUCUUGAAGACAGACAAGCCAACUCUGGCAGACAUCGAAGCUGUCUGGACGCUUGAUUGGCUGAACGGUUUAAAGGGAGCCUUACCACGGGAGCUGAUCUCUGAGAAGCAAUAUCCCAAGGUGUUCUCUUGGAUAGCGAGGUUCAACAAGGCACUCAAUGAAGCUAAGAAGCAGGCACCAAAACCGGCCACGCUGAAAGGGGGUGCUGCUACACAACGCGUACUCAACGCUUCUUUCGCCGAAAAGGACUUGACGAUCGAUAGUGCUGACCCUUUGGGCUUGCAGCAUGGAACCGAAGUAGAAGUGUAUCCCACUGACUCAGGUGUCAAGCAUCACGACAAGGGUCGCCUCCUUGGAUUGACGGAGGAUGAGGUCGUCGUGAGCAUUCAGCCCCAGGAUAAAGAGGUGCGAGUGCAUUAUCCCCGAACAGGCUUCAGGAUCAAAGCAGUCAUUGGCGGAAGUUCCAAAUUGUAGCCCUCGAAUAGCGUCAAUAUCAAACCGUUGACACACAUCGAUCACGCACAAACUCGGUCCUCCUGUGGCCCCAAGCAGAGCAACUGCGCCGAUGUGGCCAUGAGGUAUGUUGUGACACCCAGAUGGAGAUAUGGCG